CACUAGCGCAGGCGAACUCACAGCUCUGAUCAAGCCUUGCUACACACACACACACACAAAAAAAAAAAAAAAGGAAAGAAAUCACCGCUCUCUCCAAGGAAACAAAACAAUAUAGAAUAAGGUUGACGGCGUGCAACAAAGCGGAGACCCUCUCUCGACACGACAACGCGCUUUCCCGUGGAAUGAGCGUUCCAUGCAGCAUCCUAAGUAUGAAUGACGUGGCCUGGCAGGAGACAAGAGGUGGGAUGCUGCAUGCAAAUGGUGCUCCUGAGACUGGAGGGGUCAGAGUUCACGGUGGAGGGCCCCUAGCCACAGUUGGGGGAGCCGGACAGGCCCCUGGAGUUCCACAUUUACAGGGCAUGGACAGGGUUGUGAACCCUACACCAGGUACUCCCCAGGCUCCGCUCAGUGGACGAUCUCAGGAUGACGCCACAGUUGGAUACUUUUUUCAGAGGCAGCACGGAGAGCAGCUCGGAGGUUGCCCACCCAGCAAGCAUCGCUGGCCAACUGGAGAUGCAAACCAUGUUGAUCAGGUCCGUGCUGUGGAUGAAAUGAACUAUGACUUCCAAGCUCUUGCUUUGGAGUCAAGGGGCAUGGGAGAGCUUCUGCCAGCAAAAAAGCUCUGGGAUUCUGAUGAGUUGGCCAAGGAUGGAAGGAAAGGGAUGCUUCUUGGCGAGGAGUGGAGGGACAAUGCAUGGGGAUCAUCUCAUCAUUCAGUGUCUCAGCCAAUCAUGGUGCAGCGGCGACCAGGCCAGAGUUUCCAUGGGAAUGGUGAUGCCAAUUCUGUGCUUUCACCUCGCUCAGAGGGUGGAGGCCUCGGGGUGAGCAUGGUGGAGUAUGUCCUGAGCUCCUCUCCCGGUGACAAGAUGGAUGGUCGCUACAGGAACGGUGGCUAUGGUGGAGGAGAUGUUGACCAAGAUGGGAGGGAGAAGAGUGAUGUCCAAGAGAAAGUGUCUCCCUUUGAAGAGGACAAGAGCCCAGAGAUGAAGGUGGGAGAGGAGAAUGAUCCUGCUAAAGCCAACGGGAGAGGUCUACUAAACGGCAUGGACAGGGACUGCAAAGAUUUCAAUCCAACCCCUGGAAGCCGUCAAGCGUCCCCCACUGAGGCUGUAGAGCGGAUGGGUCCCAGUCAGACAGGUUUGGAGAUGAUGGGACAGCACCAGCACCAGCACCACCACCACCCCCAUGCCCUCCAACAACACAACCCUGCCCAAAACAAGGCCCAAGCUGAGGACUUCCAGAACCAGGAGGCCCAAAACAUGGGAGGUAUGGAACAGCAAGCCGGUGUGGAGUCCCUCCAGUUUGACUAUGUGGGGAACCAGAUUCAGGUGGACUCCUCUGGUACUCCAGUAGGAUUGUUUGACUACAACUCUCAACAGCAGUUGUUCCAGAGAUCUAAUCCCCUGACUGUUCAACAGCUCACAGCAGCUCAGCAACAACAAUAUGCUCUGGCUGCGGCCCAGCAGCAGCAUCUCGCUGGCCUUGCUCCUGCAUUUGUGCCAAACCCUUACAUCAUUAAUGCUGCCCCCCCUGGAACUGAUCCCUACACUGCCGCUGGGCUGGCAGCAGCAGCCACACUUGCAGGGCCCACAGUGGUUCCACCACAGUACUAUGGAGUUCCUUGGGGAGUGUACCCAGCCAAUCUUUUUCAGCAACAGGCUGCAUCAGCUGCCAAUCACUCAGCUAAUCAGCAAGCAUCCAAUCAGGGACCAGGGCCAGGCCAGCAACAGGUGAUGCGCACAGGAUCCAACCAGCGACCUCUUACACCUGGGCAAGGCCAACAGAGUCAGCAGGAAUCUCUAGCUGCAGCAGCUGCUGCAAACCCUGCAUUGGCUUACACAGGAAUGCCUGGAUAUCAGGUGUUGGCUCCUGCAGCCUAUUAUGACCAGACUGGAGCCCUGGUGAUGGGCCCUGGUGCCCGAACUGGUCUAGGUGGGCCAGUUCGUCUAGUCCAGACCCCUCUCCUCAUCAACGCUGCAGCAGCACAAGCUGCAGCUGCGGUGUCAGCAUCUGGCUCUGGUAACAACAUGUCUGGUCCUCCAGCCAACGGGCUGUACCGCUCUAUGCCUCAACCUCAACCCCAGCCACAGCAGCAACAGGCUCCCCCACCCAGCAGUGGCCUGCCCUCCAGCUCAUUCUAUGGCUCUGGAUCAGUCCCUAACACUUCUCAGAGCAGCUCCCUUUUCUCACACACCUCUGCUGCACCACCAAGCUCCUCCCUGGGCUUCAGCAGUACCGGUGGCUCUCUUGGUGUAGGCCUGGGCUCUGCUCUUGGAGGCUUUGGCUCUUCUGUAUCCAGCUCUACCAGUAGCAGUGUAUCUCGCAGGGACUCCCUGUUGGCAAGUUCUGAUUUAUACAAACGCAGCGGCAGCAGUUUAACUCCCAUCGGCCAGCCCUUUUACAACAGUCUGGGUUACUCCUCUUCACCCAGUCCCAUUGGCCUCACACCAGGUCAUUCCCCACUCACUCCUCCACCUUCUCUGCCCUCCUCUCAUGGAUCCUCUUCUAGCCUUCACCUAGGUGGCCUGACAAAUGGCAGCGGCCGUUACAUUUCUGCAGCGCCUGGAGCUGAGGCCAAGUACCGGAGUGCCGGCGGGACAUCCAGUCUCUUUAAUUCCAGCAGCCAGCUGUUCCCUCCGUCUCGGCCCCGCUACAGUCGCUCUGACGUGAUGCCGUCCGGGCGCAGCCGCCUACUGGAAGACUUCAGGAACAACCGCUUCCCAAACCUCCAACUCCGUGACUUGCCGGGACACAUGGUGGAGUUCUCUCAAGACCAGCAUGGAUCCAGAUUUAUCCAGCAGAAGCUAGAGAGGGCCACUCCUGCUGAGAGGCAGAUGGUGUUUGGAGAGAUUCUUCAAGCAGCAUACCAACUGAUGACUGAUGUAUUUGGGAAUUAUGUCAUCCAAAAGUUCUUUGAGUUUGGAAGUGCAGACCAGAAGCUGGCUUUGGCAACACGUAUUCGUGGACACGUCCUUCCCCUGGCUUUGCAAAUGUAUGGUUGCAGGGUCAUUCAGAAAGCCUUGGAGUCAAUUUCCUCAGACCAGCAGGUAAUUAGCGACAUCGUCCGCGAGCUGGAUGGCCACGUGUUGAAGUGUGUCAAGGACCAGAAUGGCAACCAUGUGGUGCAGAAGUGUAUUGAGUGUGUCCAGCCCCAGGCCCUACAGUUCAUCAUUGAUGCCUUCCAGGGACAGGUGUUUGUGCUUUCUACUCACCCCUAUGGCUGCAGAGUUAUCCAAAGGAUUUUGGAGCACUGCACCCAGGAGCAGACUCUGCCCAUCCUGGAAGAGCUGCAUCAGCACUCUGAACAACUGGGCCAGAAAUAUCAAGGCGUAUCAUUGGAGAUGACACCCAAAACAUAUUAUACAGUGUCCCGUGAUGCACUGUUCAAGGACCAGUAUGGUAACUACGUCAUUCAGCAUGUUUUGGAGCACGGCAGACCAGAAGAUAAGAGCAAGAUAGUGGCAGAGGUUCGCGGAAAGGUUCUUGUCCUCAGCCAACACAAGUUUGCAAGUAAUGUCGUGGAGAAGUGUGUGAUCCACUCUUCGCGUGCAGAGAGGGCUCUGCUCAUAGAUGAAGUGUGCUGCCAGAAAGACGGGCCCCACAGCGCCCUGUACACCAUGAUGAAGGACCAGUACGCCAACUAUGUUGUCCAAAGAAUGAUUGACAUGGCAGAACCUGCUCAGCGCAAAAUCAUCAUGCACAAGAUCCGGCCCCACAUUGCCACCUUACGCAAGUACACCUACGGGAAGCACAUUCUGGCCAAGCUAGAAAAGUACUACAUGAAGAGCGGAUCUGAACUGGGUCCCAUCGGUGGCCCCACAAACGGCCUCAUGUAGUCACGUCGACAUCCCUGAAGAAAUGGAGGAGUAGGAGCCCCAAACCCCCUGUUCUGUGAGAGAUGCUCCUUAGCCAUAGGGGUUAGCCUUUGACACCCUCUGUCAUCCCAUUUUUGGGGAAUUACCAAAAAAAGAGAGAGAGACAAGUCAACUUCACCUAAGAACGCUGUGACAACUGACCCCUGCCACUCUGCCACCCCUGGUGCAGGUCCCCAGCGUGGCCCCCCAGGGGACGCACAGUCAGCAGGCCGAUUUCUUUUUUUUCUUUUCUUUUUUUUCCUGGGUAAAGCACAAGCCCAUUGUUAAUGAUGUAAUUGAUGUAUUUGACUGGUUUUCAUAUUAUCUUGUACAUUUAGUUUUUUACCUUGUAAAUUCUCUGUAGAAAAAAAAAAACUUAUACACAUUUGCUGAAAUUUACAAUUCCUACAAUUAACACCAGCAAGUGAUUUUAUAAGGCUAAACUGAGUGAUCCUUUUAAAAAAUCAAUUCCACUUGUUUUUGUAACCAGACUUAUGUCAGCUGUUCUAAUUAAGUCUAGGCAAUUGAAUAUUAUAUUUGUAUAUUAUCCCAUGCACAGUAAAAGUGUUUUCCCAU